AUUAGAGGUUCCUAAAUGUCAACAAUAUCGGCGAUCGCCGAUCGAAAAAUAUAUUGAAUCAGCAAAAUUCCCAGCUUUUCCUCCUUAAACUGUAACUUUUUAAGAAGAACUGAUUACCGUGGCAUUAAUACAUCUAAGCAGUAUGAGAUGGCAAAAGAGAUUCAGAGUUCUUCGUUGUUACAUCCUGAUUCUUGGGUGGCUUGGGAUAUUGCUGCUCUUCAUGUCGUACUGGAGAGUUGAGACUGAUUCAGCACAUCCUCCUCCUCCUCUUAUGGUGAACCGAGGAGCACAGUCUGGAACCAAUACUCUUUCCCAAGACAAACCGCGUAGUAAGAAAAUCCGACAUCAGUGCAAUCCACCUGAUCGCAUUCAGAGGCACCAAGAAGCGGUUUUGCCAACGCAGUAUGAGUUGACUGGAGUUGUCAUAGCUUUUCGGCAUGGAGACAGAGGGCCUCUUGUACAUGUAAGUAAUCUCUCAAGUAUUAACUGUGGUCACAAGAGUUAUGGAACUCCUACGUACAAAAAGUAUGUGAACGACGUCCUUAAUGCAUCCAAAACAAAUGCAUUUAUAAAUUUUGUGGGUCCAUUUGUGAAAUACCCACUACUGCCUUUACCUUCAAAAUGCAGUAUUGGCUAUCUUACACCCCAGGGAGUUGCUCAGCAUAUACAGCUUGGAAAGGUUUUGAAAGAGGUUUAUCUGAAUGAAUGGAAUCUCCUAGGUAAUAAAUGGGAAGUGGAUGACAUAAUUGUUUAUAGCUCAAAGUAUCGUCGCACAUUUCAGAGUCUUCUUGCUUUCUUAUAUUCAUUUCUGCCAGAUUUUGAUAUAUCAAAGACACACAUUCGAGAUGGGAAAGGAAUAAGCUUUUGUGAUAAUGAAUGCCGGUGUGAUAAAGCAGAUGUUUAUGACCAUAAAUAUGAUCAAGAACGCAGAGAAUAUCGCAAGUCCCAUCCAGGUGUUAUGGAACUAAUUCGCAGAAUUAAUCCUUUAAUUAAGUCGAAUCCAAUGGCAGAUGAUAUCACAAAUCCUCUAGUAAUGCGAGAUGCUCUCCUUGCUUAUGUUUGUCAUGGCGCUCUUUUGCCAUGUAGUGAGGGAAAAUGUGUCAAAAUUGAAGACAUUACAAGCCUCAUAUCCUAUGAAGAAUGGGAAGGGAAACAGAAACGAACAUCUGCUCAGCGUAAGGCUGCUAAGUUAAGGUCUUAUGGUCUCCUCAAAAGCAUUGUGAACUAUAUUGAUGGCAUGGUGGGGGAUUCUAAACCUCGAGUUGUAAUCUAUUCUGGUCAUGACAAAACUCUAAAAUUCUUACUUGAUAGCCUUGCUAUACCAAAUUACCAGCUUCCCUACUAUGCAUCCCGUUUGAUAUUUGAAGUUUAUCAUAACACUUCAACUCCACAGAAUGUUGAAUAUCGCAAGAAUUACUUCUUUCGAAUUGUUUACAAUGGCAAAGACAUAACUCGUUUGAUUCCCUUUUGUGACUCCAUCAUGCUGAAGCAGUUAAAGAGUGGUAGCGUAAAACGUGGGAGCAUAAAUCUCUGCAGUGUGGGCAAGCUAGAGAAUUAUCUCAAACCUGAAGUUUACUUUAAAGAAUUUAAUGUCGCUUCUUUUAAAGCAGCUUGUCGCAAGUGAUUUCAUAAUCUGAAAGGUUCAAUGUGUGAUUUUUUUCAUAAGCUGGUCUAGUCAUAAAAUCUUAGUCAGGUCCUAAUGCUGCCUGUGUGCUGUAUAAAGAGGAAUUUAUACAGUACUGUAUUAGUGAUAUUGUGAUAGUAUUUUGAAGGUUUUUAGUUUAUGUAAGUUUAUAUAAAUUUAAAGUCCUUGUGCCUAACUACCUGUUUAUGUAUAUAGUACUACUCUAUUUGACCAAGUAAGUUAAAAAUGUGAUGUGUUCUCAUUUUGUGAUUUCUGCCAAAAUACAUUUUUUCUCCUUGAUUGUUUUAAUAUUUACUGUAUGCAAGUAUUGGUUCAGAUGGUUGUUGAUCAACCGCUCAUCUCUUUAUGUUUUAGUUCAUUUUAAUGUGUAAUAAGACUUGAGUACUCUCAUUGUUAAAUCUUUUUAAAUUCCAUUUUUGUUAUGUUUGUCUGUAAACUUUUAAUUUCUUUGGCAGAAACACUAUGAGAGCUACCUCGCCAGAUAGUCUUUCAGUUCAGUAUUCUUUGUUGUGCAGAGAAAACUGUGCUGUGCAGCAUUUCAAUUUUUGUACAUUUAUUUGAUAGUUCAUAAGUAUACAAAACUUCCUUUUUGAAAUAGCUAGUGAUUCAAUUACGUACAAAUUGAAAAGCCUUUGUUACAGAUUAGAAAUAGGAUGGGUGAAUGCAGAUAAACCUAAACCUGAUCAAAUCAUGUUUUCACUUUGUCCAUUUAUUUAAGUAAAUACGAGUUGCGUUGAAAAUAGGAAGGUCGCAUCUGAAACCUGCUGAUCUCUAGGAGUGCCUGUGUAUAAGCCUCUGUAUUAUUUUCAUUUUCAUCAAAUGUUGCUAAACUUGCUUGUAUAUUUUAGAAGUUAUAUAUUAUGUCAUCAUAUAAAUAGUAUUUUGUUAUGCAAAUAAUAUUUGUUGGAGUCUAAAAAUAUUUUAAUAUUAAUUUGUGAGAGGUGUAUUGAAAUCUUUUAUUAGUUAGAAUUGCAAUGUCUCACAUGUCACCUUUUUGUGGGAAAGAGACUGGAGUGCUGUGGUGCAGUACUUAAGUGUACUUUUUACCAUAAGUUUGCAGAAAUCACAUGCAAAGUCUAGUUUAUGUGAAGAUACAAACAAUAAUGUUCUGUUCUGCCUUUAUUGUCUGCCAUUACUGCUGGAAUUGGUAAUGUGCAAUUUAGACAUUAAUUUUGACAUUUAAAGAAUGGUUGACUACUGUCUUAAUACUUAGAAUGGCAAUGGUAGAAUUAUUUUUCCUCUUUACUGCCAAUCACUUUUCAUUCUCCAUCUUUCAAUGAUGAUAUGUUCUUUACUUGUAAGUUUUACAUUUGGCCCUAGUCAAAUUGUAAUAUCUUUAGAGCAAUGGGACAUGAUACAUUUGAUGUUUAUAGUGAUUUUAUUUCAUGUUUGUCAUUUAUUGUAUUUAGGUUAGUAAGUUUAUCUCUUGUAGAAAUGAUAAGUUAGUGAAUCUCUUUUAAGGAUGUAGAGACCUAUAAGACUUCAUUAUGUUCAUUUUGUAAAAAAAAAAAAAGCCAUAACUAAAGCUAGUGGUACAGCAGGAGUAAAGAUUGUGUGCCUUGGUGCUUUGUAGGAAAUUGGCAAGAGAUAGGUGUGCUUGUUGAUUAUCAUAGAGAAUAAUUUGCUUGUGUAAUAGACUACCAUGAUCUUGGUCAGAUGGCAUCUACUGUAAUAGACUAUUUUAUUGCAACAAGUUCACCAUCUGGAUGCCCACUAUUCAAUAUAACUUUUUACUUGAACAAGAGUCCUGGCAGCAGCCACAGUUUUGUAGCUUAAGGUGAGAGUAACAAAUAUAUGCACAUGAUUAUCUUUAUGCUGUCCUUAUUGUGGCAGUCACUGCCAAAGGAAUUAGUAUAAUGUGGCUCUAAUCAAGCUCCAAUAAUUUCCAGUUUAUUUACAUUGGCUGUAUGACAGACUCUAAGGGAAAGUAAUAUGAUAUUCUGAUGCUAACACGAGAUAGAUAUGCCCAGUAAUGUUGUAUACAAAUGCCAGGCCUCAUGAAUUUUCUUGUUUAAUUUGUUUUGAAAUUUCAAAAUGAAAAUGUUUCCACCAUCAGCAUGGCUUCUUAUAGAAACCUUACUUUGUUGUUGCUCUCUUAAGGGGGUUUAUGCUAUGUAAAACAAGUGCCAAAAUUCCAGAAAGCAGGAUGAAGCAGCUGCACCAUCCUUGUAUCUAUUCCACAAUUUUUUGAGAGAUACUGAUGAUGAGGCCUUGCCUUGUCAGCGAAGCUUCUUAUGCCAUGAAAAACCAGAUGAACUGUAACAGAUAAAAAGGUUUCAUAGACAAAACUAUCAUUUAAAUAGCUCAUAUUACAGUUGAGGAGGAGGAUCAAGCUGCUUUAGAAAAACCCAGAAUAGGUAUUUGAGAUGAAAGAUCUGUUUGAGAACCCAUGGACUUGAGAUUAGGAAAGACAUCUUAUUGCCUAAGAGAUAUGGCACAUUGAAACAGGCAAUAAUUUCAUUCAUUAAAAUUUCAUUACAUUAUCCACUAAAUUUCCAAGUGCAUUAAUAAAAGAGUAAAAUAAGACAUGAGAAGUGAGGUUUAUACCUGGCUGGAACCUGGAAUCAAUGGGGACACAUGUAUUGUACUUCCAGCCAGACAGAAUUUUUUUUUUUUUUUUUUUUUUUUGUAGAAUGUCAUUUCUAGGAUUUGCAUAGAAUGUGAAGUAGGGUUAUAUACAUUAUGUGUGUGUAAGUGAUAACAAUUAAAUUUUUAACAAAAUUAUUAAUCUAUGUGAGGCUAGUUUUGAUCAGUUAUAUAGUAUAACUAGUUAGCUAUCAAUCAGAUAAAUUUCUUGUCUUUAUGUGAUUUAGUACAUGUAAAAGUAUUGUUUACAAUAUUUUUUCAGUCACUUGUAUUUCAAUGGUUUAAAUUACAAGCACAGUAUAUUAUUUUGAAUGGAAAUCUCUCUUUGAUGAUGGCAAAUCUGCACCAGCAGCAACUGUUUGCUCUUCCUAUGUCUUUAUGAACAGUAUGGAAGUAGUAGUUAACCACCACUAACCAUUCUUUUGAAUAUGCAGAACAUUCCAGCUUUAGCAGUGAUGACAAUCAUUAUAGGCAUCAGGAAAUGAGCACAAUCCUCUAAAAUAUUAAAAUUGUUGAUUUUUUUCUUUGAAAUGGUUCUGUUGAUUAGGUUGAAAACAGAAGACUUUCCUUAUUGAUGUGAGUUUUUCUUUCUAAGUCAUGUUGUUACAUUUAUUGGUUGUUGUUACAUGUAAGCAGCUAUUCUGCUGAAUAUUUUGUUUUUGCUGCAUAUUUUCAUUACCAUAGUAGGCAAGUUGAAUUUCUUUUUGUACUGAAAUUAUGAUAGUCUUGUCAUUUUCUUUGUGGAAGUAGUUAAGAAGCAAGCAAUGUUUGUUGGAUUGUCUUGAACAUGUAUCUGAUGUUUAAAUGACAAAAUAUGUCUUGUUUAUAGUUUAGAAAGUUUGAAAACAAUCAAAGAUUACCCAAGGAAAGUAGCAAUUCACAUGCUUGUUGGUCUUCCUUAUUUUGUAAGUGCCACUUAUUAGCAUCAUGUUGCAGUCACAUGAGUGUUGCCUUGUAUUAUGUUCUAAGAUUGUUCCUAAUUUGUGUAAUCACAAUCAUUUACAUUUCCUUCAUACUGCAAUUAAGAGACAUUUUCAUCUGAUAUGUGUUCAAAAUUGAGGAUUUUAUAAUAUGUACAGUUAUAGGCUAUUGUAACAAUCGUUCUGUGUUCAGAAUGAUACAAUGCACAAUAUUCCUGAUGUUUUUGAAUUCACAAAACUUAACCUCACAUAAUCAAGAAAAUAUGUAAAUAAAAACAAAAUGUCCUACAAGGCUUUUAAAGUGUAUUAUUAUUAUUAUUAUUAUUAUUAUUAUUAUUAUUAUUAUUAUUAUUAUUAUUAUUAUUAUUAUUAUUAUUAUUAUUAUUCACUGUUUUUCAUCAGAUCUUUGUGAAAUUGAUUGUAAGGCCCCUCAUUGCCCCUGAAUAUUUGAAGCAAAUGGUUAUGAUAACAUAAUUUCAAAGUCACUAUGUCACAAAAAUGGCAAAAAUGCCCUAACCCUGAUAUGGAUGUCUCAAGAUAUGAUGCUUUCAAAGAAAAUUGAAAUAUCAUUUCUCUUGCUUGUUAGCUUUCAAUCAUUCAUCAUUUUGCAGUCGUUAGGUAUCUCCAUUUCAUACAUCUUAGGAGAUACAGUAAAAUUGGAAGUGACUGUGGCAUUUAGUUUAAUUUUGUCCUUCUGCUGAACUGUGGACUUUUAAGACCACUCAUGGCUGAUAUAGCUAUUUUUAUAAUGCAGUGUGAAAAAUGUUGUAGAGUGAGUUUAUACAGGUGAAGAAUCAGAAAAGAAGCUUGCAGAAAUCCCAGAGAAAUUAAUUAAUGUAAGGUUGCUAACUUAAACAAAAUUUUGAUAGUGUUAUAAUAGAAGCAUAAUAAAGAAACAUCCACUAGAGGGCCAGGCAUUUUAAGAUACUAUUAUUCCAUUGGCAGUUACACAAAUUCACCUAGAAAGGAGCUACACUUGUAUUUUGAAUAAUUUAAUAUAAGGGUACAUUUGGGACCUGAAUUUGCUUUUCAACAAUGCAAAAGCAAAAGAUUAUUGAGGAACUAUUUUAUCAGGGACAGUCUCUUGCUUAAGUAAAAUAUACCAUUAACAAAUUAGAAAUCACAUUUGUAGACUUUAUCUCUUAUAUGCUGGCACAUCUUUCCAUCAAUCAUUUUCAUGGAUGAAGGGAAAAUUUUCAAUUUAGUAAGUGAUCAGUCAUUCAGUAACAUCCAGCAUAAAUUUGUGGGUAAAUUUUAACCUAAUAGUACAUGGAAAAUAUAGGCAGAGUCUCACAUUCCAGCCACCCUGAAGUUUCAAAGUAUAACUGUAGUUAUGAUUAAUAUCACCAUUUUUUCACUUUUCCUACAAUACUUUACUGUUACCUCAUUCUAGGGUGGCUAAAGUCACCCUAGAGAAGUAAUCUCAUCAUUAAAACAGCUGUCCAUAGCUUUCUGAAAAUAAAAAUUAGAAGGGCCAGUAAUGUAUUUUCUCCAAGGCAAGUGACUACGUAGUCAGUUUUAUGCUCACGUAAGUUGUUGGUAGAUUCAUGAACAUAUGACUAGCAGAAACAAGAGACAAGAACAGUUGUACUGAUGAAAAUCAAAUGUAAAGUUAAGAGAGUAGUUAUCUCUAGAAUCAUAGGGAAUAGAGAAAGAGUCAAGACUAAUAUGUACAAAGCAAAGUUAUGUGGAACAACUGAAGACAUUAUUAGAAAGCUAGGCAAGCAAAGCCUUGUGUCAGACAUAUAUCUGAAAUCUGAGAGAUGACAAGUACAUAACCUUUUGAAAUACCCCAAAAGUUCCUCAAGAGAUUUUGAUCAGCAUUUAUAUUGGAUAGCAUAGUUUAUGAAUUAAUCAUGUUUCCAGAAUACAAAUUUGAUGUCAGUGAAAAAGAUAAUUUUGAAAGUUUUAGACUUUUCAAGUUAUGUUUCUUCGGACAAAAUGUUUUGAGUGAUAUACAUAAUGCUGAAGGAGAAUUGUGAAAUAAUUUGGUAUUAUUCAUUUUUAUCAUUUAAUUUUUGUGAAGUGUUGAAAUUAUUAAUGUUUCCUUUAGUUUAUAGUCACUUACAUUUUAAUCAUUGGACUUUUAUGCUUAAUUAUGCUUGUACAUUUUGAGUUUAAUAAUUUUUAAUCUUUUGCCUGACAGCUGUCUGUAUUUACUAUGUAUUAUCUUUCAAAUAUGUUGGGAAUGAACCAGGUUAGAUGAUAAUGAUUAUCUAAUAUAAAUUUAAGUAAAACUGGCAAAAUUAUAUUUAUCAUAUUGAUAAUGUAAUUGCCACUGUUGAACUGAAGAGUUUAGUAGGCAUAUUGCUUGACAUAUCAGUGUUCUUUUCAAACUUUCUUCUUUAACUAAGGUCCUAUUUUUCAGUCUUAAGUGGACAGAGAGUGCUUCUUUACCUUUGGGUAUGAGGCAGCGAAGUUUAGCCAUGGUUGUUGUCUCACUGUUGUACAUCUUCCAUUAUGUUUACUCACAAAUAACUGUAUUAUGCUUCCAUAGUCCUUGCAUCCAUGUUGACAUUCAUUGAUCCAGCUCCUUUACAUCAUUUUUCCCUCAUUACUGUGCCUAUUUUUGCUAAAAUUUCUAACCUCUUCAUUGUUGCUAAUGAACAUUAUUAUCAGUUUAUAUAUG